CAAGACCUCGACAAGAGCAUCACAUUUCAUAGGGAAGCACUGGCUUUGCAGCCAGCAGGUUGCAUGGAUUGGAUUGAGUCAUUUAAAAACCUUGUGGAUGGACUCUCUAUCUGCUUCCAGCACCGAAGCAAUGUCCAAGACUUGGAUAAGUCUACUGUGCUUUGCAAGGAAGCACUGGCC